CCGCUGCUAGGACCCGUACUUCCGGCUGUGGUUCGGCAAUAGCAGCGGCCGUUAGCUGUAGCUGCUGCUCGGAGCGGAUCUCAUCUCCCGGAUUCUCUGAGCGGCUCCCCGGUCCCCACUGCCCUCUGGAUCCGCCUAAAGCCGCUCCUCUGUCGGUUCCGAGCCGCCAGCCGAGCGCUAACGCGGGGCUUUGUCCGGAUUCAGGUCCGGUCCUUCCAGUUAGCAUCGAGCCAUCAGCUAGCUUCCUGCCGAUGAAAACAUCGCGAGGAAAACUUCGCUGACAGAAGAUCCUGUGGAACACCUGAAUUCCUUACCUGAUGGAACAACAUCCCGACUCUAAACACCUGUAGAGACCCUCUAACACCUGGCCAGGUGGAUCCAGGUUCCGGCUCGGUCUUGCUGGAACUGAAUCUGAGUCACCUUCACGAAGUGGACCAGAACCAUGCUGACCUAGGAACGGGUUUGGGAGCACCAGAGUCUUGCAGCGGCCGCCGCCAUGUCGGAGAACCAGGCCAACAACAACAACGUUCCUCUGAACAACAACAUGGGGCCCAACCGGAUCCGGAACCCCAACAUCAACCAGAACCCGCUCAUCAAUGUGCGCGACCGCCUCUUCCACGCCCUCUUCUUCAAGAUGGCCGUCACCUACGCCCGGCUCUUCCCGCCCUCCUUCAGGAGAGUCUUUGAGUUCUUCGUCCUGCUGAAGGCGCUCUUCGUCCUCUUCAUCCUCGCCUACAUCCACAUCGCUUUCUCCCGCUCCCCCAUCAACUGCCUGGAGGCGGUACGGGAUCGCUGGCCGCGCGAUGGCAUCCUGAGGGUGGAGAUCCAGAGGAACUCCAGUCGCGCCGCCGUCUUCCUGCAGCACUACGACUCCGCCGGCCUCCAGGGGGAGCUGCAGGCCGAGGAGCUGCAGGCCGAACCAGGAGGAGGCGCAGCAGUGGCCGGGAUCAGCCUGGGAGAGGAGGAGGAAGAGGACGACGAGAUGACGGUGUUUGAAAACAGCUCAGUGCAGUUUGAACUGGACAUUGAGCCCCGUCUCCAGCCGUCUGUGAUUGGAGGAGGCUCUAGAGGAGGAGCCAAUGACAGCCAGGACGUGUCGUUUAGCCCCGCCUCUAAAGGUAUGCAGCCGCUGCAGGACUCAGUGUCUGAGCUGGAGAUGAUGACCAGAGCAGUGUGGCCACAGGACGAGUAUAUCGUGGAGUAUUCCCUGGAGUAUGGCUUCCUGCGGCUGUCGCAGAGCACCAGGCAGAGGCUCAACAUCCCCGUCAUGGUCGUCACUCUGGAUCCCACCAAGGACGAGUGCUUCGGAGACGGUUUCAGUCGCUUCCUGCUGGAUGAGUUCCUGGGCUACGACGACAUCCUGAUGUCUAGCGUCAAGGCGCUUGCUGAGAACGAAGAGAACAAAGGCUUCCUGAGGAACGUGGUGUCUGGAGAACAUUACCGCUUUGUCAGCAUGUGGAUGGCCAGAACGUCGUACCUGGCUGCCUUUGUCAUCAUGGUCAUAUUUACGCUGUCGGUGUCGAUGCUGCUCAGAUACUCCCACCACCAGAUCUUCGUCUUCAUCGUGGAUCUGCUGCAGAUGCUGGAGAUGAACAUGACCAUCGCUUUCCCAGCAGCCCCUCUGCUCACCGUCAUCCUGGCCCUGGUUGGCAUGGAGGCCAUAAUGUCCGAGUUUUUCAACGACACCACCACGGCUUUCUACAUCAUCCUGAUCGUCUGGCUGGCCGACCAAUACGAUGCCAUCUGCUGCCACACCAACACCAGCAAACGCCACUGGCUGCGGUUCUUCUACCUGUACCACUUCGCCUUCUACGCCUACCACUACCGCUUCAACGGUCAGUACAGCAGCCUGGCUCUAGUCACUUCCUGGCUCUUCAUCCAGCACUCGAUGAUCUACUUCUUCCACCACUACGAGCUUCCUGCAAUCCUGCAGCAGAUCCGGAUCCAGGAGAUGCUGCUCCAGAACCAGCAGGCGGGUCAGAACCAGACGGCUCUGCAGGACAACCUCAACAACAACAACGCCGCCGCCGCCGGCGGGCCGGAACCCGCUGGGACCGGUCAGUCAGCAGACAGCACCGUUGAGUCGCCGCCGGCCGAGCCGCUCCCAUCAUCCAAUGUGGCGGUUGGCGGAACCGGCGAGGUCAGAGCGGAGCUUAACUGGGUCGCUCAGACCGCCGCUGUCAUCACAGAGGCGCUGGGCUCUUCCGUUGACUCGGGAGGAAGUCAGGGAUCGGCGGAGAUCAAUGUUGAGUUCUGGAUGGGUGGGGCAGCAGGUGAAGCUCCUGAUGGCUCAUUGGAGGAUAAAGCUCAAGGGGGCGGAGCUGAAGCCUCACCUGGUGAUAGUAGGCGCCAGGGGGCGGAGCCUUGUGAAAGCCUUGCCCUUCACACAGACUGCCCCGCUCCUCAGAGCUCAGGUACAGACAGCGAGUCACCUGGGCAACAGAGCUCCGCCCCCCUCGGCACGUCGUGAGCGUCCAGGUGAGCUGAUGACAUCACGGCACCACCUGAAGGCUAUGGACCGUCAGCUGAUCACUGGGCUGCACUUUACUCCAAUUAAUCAAUUAAUUAAUUAACUGAUCCAUCAAUUAACCAAUGAAUGAGCUGAUCUGAGGGUAGCCCCGCCCCCAGUCGACGCUCAGCAGGGUGACCUUCUUCGAGGUGUGACCAAUAGGUGAACUGAGGUUCUGACCCUUCUGGACACCCACAGCUCUGAUCCGGUUCUGCUGAGGGAUGAUUGACUCAUCAGGUUCUGGUUCUGACCCGUUCUGUUGGACUGAAACCCAGAUGGAACUCUAAUUCUGCUUUUAUUUUGUAGAACACCGAUUGGCUGUUGCUGAUUAAGCUCCGCCUCUUUGAGGGCGUGUCCUAUGUUUACGUAUUCAGGCUGCAUGAGUUCACCUGUUCAGAACCAGAACCUCAUCACCUCCAUGUUCUGAUUGUGACAUUGAAGGUGGGGCCUCGUGGUGGGCGGGGCCUCGUGGUGGGCGGGGCCUGGGUGGUUUCUUCUUGAUGCUCCUGCUGGUCGACUGGAGUGUUAGGAACCAGUGGAACCAGUGGAACAGGUGAGGCCUCCUGCAGACGGAUCAGACUCACCUGAAGGUCAAAAAUAAAGAGUUGUGGAACCAGCUGGCUUCCUGUGGUCUGUAUCUUACCUGGUAACCGGGUCAGAACCGUGACCCAGUUUGAAACGGCUGAAAGCUCUAGAAACAGAUGACCCGGUUCACCGAGCUGGAACCAGAUCUUGGUCAGGUUAAGACCCCUUAGAGGGAGGCAGAACCCGUUUGGACCGGGCCGGGCCUGCUAGGCCAGUCUGUUUCUGAUUCUGCUGGUAGCCCAGAGAUGAAAGUUGGUGAGGGUGAGGGAAAAUUUAAUGGUUCGGGUUCAUUUAAAGGGCCAGCACUGUGAUUGUAGAGCAAAAUCAGCUUCCUGUUGUACAAACGCUGCAUCAAAUGUAGCUGAAAUUAUCCAUGAUUAGUUGAAACAAUCAACUCUAUUUGAGAAAUAUUUAUUUUGGAUGUAAAAACAGUACCGUAAUGCUGUCUUCAUACAUUUUAAUAAAAUAUUGUCACAUGAAAGUCA